AUGCUGCGGCUGCUUCAGCGACCCCUGGGCCCUCUCCUGCUGCUGGCCGCGGCCCUGGCCGCCGCGGGGGCGGUCCGGCCCGCGGCGGCGGCCCGCGGGCUGGCGCAGGCGGCCGAGAGCGCCGCCGCGGCCGCGCCGCAGCCGCCGCCCGCGGCCGAGGCGCCUGCGCAGCAGCCCCCUGAGAGCAUGUAUGGCAGCGCUGAGGUGGAUGCCUGCAUCAGGGUCACCAACAGCGCAGGGCAGGCUUGCACGGUGGAGAGUGACACACUGUCCCUGGUCUUCCCGCGCGGCUCCGAGGAGCUGCCCACCCCCGAGCAGGUGCAAACCGCCAUCAACAACAUGAAGGCCGCCGCCCAGCCCUCCAGAACCUGCUGCCAGGAGCUGAGGCCCUUCGCCGACGGGCGCUGCCCCUGCGACGCGGGCUACCAGCAGCUGCUGCCCAUCGGCGGCUUCGACCCCGCCUACUUUGAGGGCGCCACCGCCAUCCUGGCGCAGGCCUGCGGCUUCGAUUUCCCGCCCUGCCAGCCGGGAGAGGUGAUCGACGUGGCCGCCGUCAACGCCGGCACCGGCGCCGGCGGCUGA